UCACCUUGACAACAGCCAAAUGAUACUCACAGUUCCUUGGUCCCGCGACACUGGGAUCCCGCUUGGACAUGCUCGCUGCAUGCCCGCAUCUCCGUCCGUGACGGAGUAGCCGCCAUGUCUGCCUCUCAAAGCUCCCUCUCCGAUCUCGACCAUAAGGGCCGCGGUCCUGGUGAAGAGAAGCCCUCCGCCGCUCCCACGAUUGAAGUCCCCUCGCUCCCUCUCCCAGACUCGCGUCCCUUGUCACCCGCUGCGGCAGAGAAGAUAGCGCAGAUCGCAGAUGCAUGCACAAACGAAGACUUGCGCGCCCUCAUCGACCUCGCAACUACCAAAGAUGGUCUGGUGGAGGAUAGCUUGCGCCGCACAGCUUGGCCUCUUCUUCUAGGAUCAAACAAUAGUUCUUUGGAUGAUCAAGUACCAUGGACCUCGCUACCACCGCAUCGUGACGAAGACCAGGUCAAACUUGACGUUAACCGAUCAUUCGUCUACUACCCAAACAACGAAUCCGACAAGCAGCUAGACAAGCGGAAGCGGGAGCUGUCCAAUGUCAUCACCGAGGUGCUUCGGCGGCACCCGAUUCUGUGCUACUUCCAAGGCUAUCACGACAUUGUCCAGGUCAUACUUCUUGUCUUGGGCGCAAAGCAUAGCCCUGCGGCCGUGACUCGCCUGUCACUUCUUCGUAUACGGGAUUUCAUGCUCCCGUCCCUUGACGCUGCAAUUUCACACCUCCACCUUCUCCACCCAAUUCUGGACACUGUGGACCCGGCGUUGCGGGAGCAUCUCUCACAUACUCAGCCCUUCUUCGCGUUGGCAGCCACUUUGACGCUCUAUGCCCAUGACAUCCAGGAGUACGGCGACAUUGCCAGACUGUUUGAUUUCUUUUUGGCCAGAGAGGCUGUCAUACCUGUGUACUUCUUCGCAGUGGUAGUCCUUGCGCGCAAAGAUGAGCUACUUGAGAUCCCCCCCGACGAGCCCGAGAUGCUCCACUCCAUUCUUUGCAAACUACCAAAGCCCCUAGAUCUCGAGUUGCUGAUCUCGAAUACCACAUCCCUCUUUGACCGCCACCCUCCCAAGUCCCUCUCCUACCGCGCCUGGAGCCGCGUGUCCUCCUACAGCGUUCUCAAAACCACACAAAUUCCUUCGUCGGUAGCAAAACAAACACUAGAGGAAGGAAAUACACUCUUCAGCAAGCAAGAAGUCGAGAUGCGCCGGGCCAAGGCUAUACAAAAGGCGGUGAACAAUGUCAAACGUCAAGCCUGGCUUUACAGGAGGCCUGCUGGUGCUUUUGGCUUGGCUGUUGCCGUUGGCCUUGUUGCAUGGUGGUUAGGAAAGUCACCGAUCACUGGUGCUGGCCGACUGAGCGAGUCGCUGCGGAAAAUUAUGGCGUUUUUCGUAUGAACCACUGGAAUCACAAUCGGCUCCCUUUAGAAACAUGAAUCGGGAUUUAGCAAGGUAGUAGUAUCGAGUGCAUUUAUUUGGCGUAAGGCUAUAGGAUAAGGGGGAACACAUGAACUACAUUGGCAAUUCACUAAUUAUGGAGUGAAGGUAGAGAAAAGCGCGUAUGAAAUUCCAUCGACAGGAAGGUAGAGAUACAUUAUAAGCCUUCCACCUCUCUUAGAAGAACCUGGUACCUCUCUGUCACCCUGCUAUGGCGCAGAAAUAUUAGUCUCUGCUUGCCUUUAGUCUCCUCCUAAAGAUGCUUUAGCACAUUUCUGUAAUCUAGAUAAUAUAGUCCACUAGGAAGAGCGUGCUAUAUAGCAAUGCCUAGAGAUCUAUUUAAAUGUCUUAAGGCAUCUUAAG